AUGGUACCAAUUUUAAAUUUGCCACUUUAUGAUAACAAAAUUCAUCCUCUCUUUGAGCUAACAUUUACUGAUUAUUAUACUUCCAUUCUGGGCCUCUGUCACAAGCACGACCCUGAGAUAACUGAUCUUCAAGUUCUCGACUGGCUCAAAGCUGGUAUGAGUCUUUCCUUGUAUGAACGUCUUCAAGGUGAAGAAUUUACAACACCUCAAGCUUUACUUCGUCGUGCUCAACGUGUUGAACUCGAUAAUGCUGUUCUUGAUGCUCGCAAACGCGAGUCUGCCACCAAAACACCUCGUACUCAAACUUCCUAUACAACUCCUCGUUCUUCUGUUUGGCUUCCUAAUACCUUCACGUCACCACCUCCAUUCGUACCACCACCUGCGCCACCACUCGUGUCUACUCCCGUACCAACAUCAUAUGACUUUCCACCACCUUCUGCCUCUUCUACCUUCUACUCUCCUAACACUGAUUCCGCGACGUCAACUCGAUCUCGUCGACCUAUUAUAUGUUUUGCUUGUAAUCAACCUGGUCAUGUUUCUACUCAAUGUCCCUCUCGUCCUAUCAUUUGUUUCACUUGUAAUCAACCUGGUCAUGUUUCUACUCAAUGUCCCUCUCGUCCUAUCAUUUGUUUCACUUGUAAUCAACCUGGUCACAUCUCCCCUCAAUGCCCCACUCGCCCAAACAUCUAA